AUGCAUGCACUGUUUAUCUAUGUUGCAGUCUUGUUAACAAUGGCUCGUGGUCAUCAAAAAUUUCAAUCACAGCAAAAAAAUCAACAGAAGCAGGAGAAGUUAAAAAAGGCUCAAAGUCAUGAUCAAAAAGGCGCUGCGCUGAAGGCCUUGAUCUUCACUUGUAGUGUUUGCAAGGUAUGUCAGGGCUCUGCAGAAAAUUCAUAGUAGAAGAGGAAAAAACUUAAUUCAAGCAGGGUACAGUUGAUUGCAUUAUUUCUCAAUAAUGAAACAGUCAUGUUUUGCAAGCCUAAGAUUGCACAACUUGGCAAAGAUUUUGUGGAAAUAAACCCUUCCAGGUUUUUUUCAACUGUUGAUGGGGUACAAAAAAUAAUUCUACAAAAACCAGUAUGAGAUGGGGGAGGGGGCACAGACUUACUCCUCUGUGAUACUUACUGUGAAACUUCGCAACUUUGAAGAGCCAUAUCUUGGCCUCCUUCGAAACACUUUGAGAAUUUACCAAUAUUUUAAGGAAUUAUUCCCAGUAGUCAUAUAAUACUGACCUGAAUUCUAACUUUGUCUUCAUAUUAGUUGCUAGUAACACUUCAGGAGACAAAACCGUUACAAAGGACUGUUAGGCUAGGGUUCUCAUUAAGUGCCAGCAAGCAGCUAAAAACCUUGCUACUCGAUCGCUAAGAUACAUUCUUAAAUUACAUCCUAGCUGUCUACUUUAGAGCCCUGACCUUUCUAAAUAAUGGAUUGCAGACUUGAUAUAUUUUCACAUUAAUGAUUAAAUUUUAAUCAUUCUUUGCUGUAAGGUGGUUAAAUUAUGGUAUUGUUAUCACUAAAUGAUAUUUUUCAGUCUCAGAUGCCUGACCCAAAGACAUACAAACAGCAUUUUGAGAGCAAGCACCCCAAAGCGACUCUACCAGCAGAAUUAGCUAGUGCUUAA